AUUUUUCAGGAAACCAGGAGCUCAGAAGGAUGUCGGGGAAGCCCAGGCUCACUUACUGUAAUGGAAGGGGGCGAAUGGAGCCGGUACGAUGGCUGUUGGCAGCAGCCGGCGUGGAGUUUGAAGAGAUUUUUUUGGAAACAAGAGAGCAGUAUGAAAAGUUAAUCAAAGAUGGAGCCUUGAUGUUCCAGCAAGUGCCCCUGGUUGAGAUCGACGGGAUGAAGAUGGUGCAGACCAGAGCCAUCCUCAGCUACAUAGCAGGGAAAUACAAUCUCUAUGGGAAAGACUUGAAGGAGAGAGCCCUGAUUGACAUGUACGUAGAAGGAUUAACAGACAUGAUGCAAAUGAUUUUGAUGUUUCCUUUCUCUCCACCUGAGGCAAAGGAGAAAAAUCUGGACUCAAUUAAGGAGAAGGCAACCGACAGGUACUUCCCAGUCUUUGAAAAGGUUUUGAAACAACACGGCCAAGAAUUUCUUGUGGGCAACAAAUUCAGCUGGGCAGAUGUUCAGCUAAUUGAAGCCAUUUUAGCAGUGGAGGAGAAAAUACCUGCUGUGCUGUCGGGGUUUCCUCAGUUGCAGGCUUUUAAAAAAAGAAUGAGCAAUCUGCCUACAAUUAAGAAGUUCCUGCAGCCUGGCAGCCCAAGGAAACCUCCACCAGAUGAAUGUUACGUAGAAACCGUGUUGAAGAUUUUUAAGAAAUGAAUGUCUUGCUACCUUCAGUGAG